CGCGCAUUGAAACGUCAAGCCGUGUUGGAACUUUCAAAACACGUCCAAACCCCUUAUUUUAUAGUGAGUUGGAGCUUGUCAUACACAUAAAAUUCACAUUUAGAAAUAAAAAUUCAACGAGUUAAGUGGAAGUUCGUGAUUCCUGGUUAAAUAGUAUAAAUUUAAUAAACAAUUAAUAGUUAAUAAUUAAAUUAACAUCAAAAUGGGAAUUAAAUUUCUCGAGGUUAUUAAGCCUUUUUGUAGUAUCCUGCCUGAAGUAACAAAGCCAGAACGGAAGAUCCAGUUUCGUGAGAAAGUGCUAUGGACGGCAAUUACUUUAUUCAUUUUCCUCGUUUGUUGUCAAAUUCCACUUUUUGGAAUCAUGUCAUCAGAUUCAGCAGAUCCAUUUUAUUGGAUUCGUGUAAUUCUCGCAUCAAAUCGUGGUACUUUAAUGGAAUUAGGUAUUUCGCCGAUUGUUACAUCAGGUCUUAUCAUGCAAUUGUUGGCUGGUGUUAAAAUUAUCGAGGUCGGAGACACACCAAAAGACAGAGCACUUUUUAAUGGAGCUCAAAAACUAUUCGGUAUGGUUAUCACAAUUGGUCAAGCAAUUGUAUACGUAAUGACUGGAAUGUAUGGUGAUCCUUCUGAAAUCGGAGCUGGAGUCUGUCUUCUUAUCAUCAUUCAACUUUUCGUAGCUGGUCUCAUUGUACUUCUUCUUGAUGAAUUGCUCCAAAAAGGCUAUGGUUUGGGCUCUGGAAUUUCACUUUUUAUUGCCACAAACAUUUGCGAGACAAUCGUGUGGAAAGCAUUCUCACCAGCAACAGUCAAUACAGGACGUGGAACAGAAUUUGAGGGUGCUAUUAUUGCCUUAUUCCAUUUGUUGGCUACACGUCAAGAUAAAGUACGUGGGCUUCGUGAAGCUUUCUACCGUCAAAACUUGCCAAACUUGAUGAACUUAUUCGCUACCAUUCUCGUCUUUGCGAUAGUUAUAUACUUCCAAGGAUUCCGUGUCGAUCUACCAAUCAAAUCUGCCCGUUAUCGUGGACAAUACAGCAGUUAUCCAAUCAAACUUUUCUACACAUCCAACAUUCCUAUUAUCUUGCAAUCGGCUCUCGUCUCAAAUCUCUACGUUAUCUCACAAAUGUUGGCAGUUAAAUUCCAUGGCAACUUUAUGGUUAACUUACUUGGUGUUUGGGCUGAUGUUGGAGGUGGCGGACCAGCUCGUUCAUAUCCAAUUGGAGGACUCUGUUACUAUUUAUCACCACCAGAGAGUCUCGGCCAUAUUGCACAAGAUCCAGUUCAUGCUGUUCUCUACAUCAUUUUCAUGUUAGGCUCAUGUGCAUUCUUCUCAAAGACUUGGAUUGAUGUUUCAGGAAGCUCCGCAAAAGACGUUGCUAAACAAUUAAAGGAACAACAAAUGGUUAUGCGUGGACAUCGUGAAAACUCAAUGAUCCACGAAUUGAACCGAUACAUCCCAACAGCAGCUGCUUUUGGCGGUCUCUGUAUUGGCGCUUUGUCUGUCAUGGCAGAUUUCUUAGGUGCAAUUGGAUCCGGUACUGGUAUUCUUCUUGCUGUAACAAUCAUUUAUCAAUAUUUCGAAAUCUUCGUAAAAGAACAAAGCGAAGGAUUAGGAAUGGGCAGUUUACUAUUCUAAGAAGUCUGUUUAUAAUUUACAUCAUAAUUUAACAUUCAACAUACUCCUCCUCUCACAAACACAUCCAUUUUUAAUUUUUUUUAUUAAAAAAUAAACAUCAAAAACUAUAGGACAAACAAUAUCUUUGAUCCUGAGUUGUUUCCUUUAUGUCAAUUUCUCCAAUACACGUAAAAGUUCUAAUUUAAAAAGCAAAAAAUGAAAGAAACACAUGUGUAAUAAUACCUAUAAUUUUAACAAAUAUUUCGAAUGGUUACUUUAAAAGCAUUUUUUACAAAGUACUGUUUUUUUAGUUUGAGAGAUCCAUUCGGCUCAUGUUUUCAGAGAAAAACGAUAAACAAUUAAUUGAUUUAUGAGAAGACAAAAAAAAAUAUGAAACAUUAAUUUAAGGUGUUGUAUUUGAAUACAAAAUAAAGAAAAAUAAUUAAAAUAUGAUUAAAAAAAUAA